GGUCCACCUGGUAUUCCUCCUCCUUUUCCACCUAUGGGAAUGCCUCCCAUGGGCCAGAGACCACCCAACAUGCCACCAGUGCCUCCAGUUAUGAUGCCACCUAUGAUGCCCCCUAUGGGAGGGCCACCAAUGGGUCAGAUGCCUGCAAUGAUGCCACCAAUGAUGCCAGGAAUGAUGAUGCCUCAUAUGCCUCCUGCUGGUCCCAUGCAGCCUGCUGUACCGGUAAUGGAAUAUAGGGAAGAAAGAGAGCCCGAACGAAUGCGGAAAGCACCUACUGCUGCAGCUUGGGAAGGAGCUGAGGACCGUGCAAGACCGCCCAUACCACAGCCCACUUUAAGCAACACAGAAGGACCACCUGUGACAGCUGGACCUCCUGCACAACCACCUGGUCCUGUGAUUCCUCCUGUGGUGCAAGCAGCCCCAGCUAGUAACUCUCCCAAAGAGGAGCCUGCAAAGAAGAAGUCUGUGUGGACUGAACACAAAUCACCUGAUGGUAGGACAUACUUCUAUAAUACAGAAACAAAACAGUCUACUUGGGAGAAACCUGAUGAGCUGAAAACGGCAGCUGAGCAACUUCUUUCCAAGUGCCCGUGGAAAGAGUACAAGUCAGACACUGGAAAGCCAUAUUUCUAUAAUUCUCAAACAAAAGAGUCUAGAUGGGCCAAGCCAAAGGAACUAGAGGAACUUGAAGCUAUGAUCAAGGCAGAAGAAUUCAGCAAACAAGAAGAAUUAAGUGCUCCGCCCAGCACCCCCACUUCGAUUGUAGAAACUCCAGUUGUUACUGUUCCUGCUGCUGUCGUUACAGCUGUUGCUUCACCUGUAACUCCUGUGGCUUCUGUUGCUGUUGCUCCAGUCAUUUCUCCUGUUAUUCCUGCUACUGCAAUUCCCUCUGCUGUUGUUCCUGCUACUGUGUCAGUUACAGCAGCAACACCAAUUUCCUCUGUCACUUCUGCAGUAACAGUAACAGAAAAUGCUGUAAUAGAAAAUGAAGUAACAUCAACGGUUGAAAAUGAGGACAGUGAUGCUCCAACUCCUGGGCCUGCUUCAGAGGAGAAUGUGGAAGUGGCCAAGUCAGUGGAAGAGUCCAUUAAACAGGAACCUGUGGAAAACAGUGUUUCCAAAAAAGAAGACUCCUCCUCCUCAGAAGAAGAAGAUGAAAAGAAGAGCAAGCCAGUUAAAAAAUCAUACUCGUGGAAUACCAAAGAAGAAGCAAAACAAGCAUUUAAAGAGCUCUUAAAGGAGAAGCGUGUGCCAUCUAACGCUACAUGGGAACAAGCUAUGAAGAUGAUCAUUAAUGAUCCCCGAUACAGUGCAUUGCCUAAGCUGAGUGAAAAGAAGCAAGCUUUUAAUGCCUACAAAGUUCAUACUGAAAAAGAAGAGAAGGAGGAAGCAAGGCAAAAGUACAAGGAAGCGAAAGAAGCAUUUCAGCGGUUUCUUGAAAAUCAUGACAAAAUGACAUCGACAACAAGAUACAAAAAAGCAGAGCAAAUGUUUGGAGAACUGGAAGUAUGGAAUGCAAUAUCGGAGCGUGACAGGCUUGAAAUAUAUGAAGAUGUCACUUUCUUUUUAUCUAAGAGGGAAAAGGAACAAGCAAAACAGUUAAGAAAAAGGAAUUGGGAUGCACUAAAGAAUAUUUUGGACAACAUGGCUAAUGUGAUUUAUUGUACAACGUGGUCAGAAGCUCAGCAAUACCUUAUGGAUAAUCCUACAUUUGCAGAGGAUGAAGAACUGCAAAAUAUGGAUAAAGAAGAUGCACUUAUUUGUUUUGAAGAACACAUCAGAGCUUUGGAAAAAGAGGAGGAGGAGGAAAGACAAAAAACUUUGCUAAGGCAAAGACGUCAACAACGAAAAAACAGAGAAGCUUUUCAGCAAUUUCUGGAUGAACUACACGAAAAUGGGCAUCUGCAUUCCAUGUCAUCUUGGAUGGAGUUGUAUCCAACAAUUAGUUCUGAUAUUAGAUUUACAAAUAUGCUGGGUCAACCGGGAUCAACAGCUCUUGACCUUUUUAAAUUUUAUGUUGAAGAUUUAAAAUCCAGGUAUCACGAUGAGAAAAAGAUAAUAAAAGAUAUAUUAAAGGAUAAAUGCUUUAUUGUUGAAGUGACAACUACCUUUGAAGAAUUUGGCACCGUCAUUAGCUCAGCCAAGAGAGCUGCUACUUUAGAUGCUGGAAAUAUCAAACUGGCUUUCAACAGUUUGCUAGAAAAAGCAGAAGCCAGAGAACGUGAGCGUGAAAAAGAGGAAGCAAGGAAGAUGAAGAGGAAAGAAUCUGCUUUCAAGAGUAUGCUGAAGCAAGCAGCACCACCAGUUGAAGCUGAUGCUGUUUGGGAAGAUAUUCGUGAAAGAUUCGUGAAAGAUCCUGCGUUUGAAGAUAUUACACUCGAGUCAGAAAGAAAAAGAAUAUUUAAAGAAUAUUUAUAUACACUUGAGCACGAGUGCCAGCAUCAUCACUCAAAGAACAAGAAGCAUUCCAAGAAGUCAAAGAAGCAUCACAGGAAGCGCUCUCGCUCUCGUUCAGAGUCCGAAUCAGAAGAGGAUGAUUAUCAGUCAAAGAAGAAAAAAGGAUCUGAAUCUCGGUCGGUAUCUGAGCAUUCCUCCAGUGGAGAGUCUGAACGUAGCAACAGAAAAUCAAAAAAGCACAAGAAAAAAAAUAAAAAACGAAGACACAAGUCGGAAUCUCCUUUGUCAGAAGGAGAACGGGAACGAGAUCGGGACAAGGACAAAGAAAAGGACCGAAAAGAAAAGACAAGGAGAAAGAUGGUGAAAAGGAGAGAAACAGACAAAGAUCAGAAUCAAAAGUUAAGUCACCCAAGAAAAGAUCUGGGAAAGACUCUGGUAAUUGGGAUACUUCAGGCAGUGAACUCAGUGAAGGGGAACUGGAAAAACGAAGGAAGACACUUCUGGAGCAAUUGGACGACAACCAAUAGAAAAUUGUUUCACUAUGCAAGUGUGAACUCUGUAUCAGAGCAGAUGUUUGAUUUCAUUUUGACUGUAAAUCUUUUCACUUUUUUAUUUGUAAUUACAACGUGAAAUCUAGAUGAACUUUUGUCCUAAGUAUGAGUAAAGUAUAUCCCAACUUUGGAAGAGUUGCUAGCCAUUAGGGUAUUACAGAAGCAAUACCUUUCCACUCAUUAUACCACUGUAACAGUGAUAUGGGUGUGUAAUAAAAAGCAUGUGACAUGUCUGGGGGAAAAUGAAAAAAAAAGUACAAAAAAAAUGUAAAUCUGUUUAUAUUUCACUUUUUAGAGACUAAAAGGUUCAGCAUCUGUUUCCGAUUUUGUUAUCUUGGGAAGCUGUUUUAAACUGGGAUAAUUUCCACCUGAUAUCGUACAUCUACUUUUGCUGUUAUAUACAUACUGUGGAAGUGAAUAUGUCACAGGCAAAAGAUAUUACCAUCAUCUGUAUGAAAAGUGCAAGGUCAAGAUACUACCCAAGGGGCAAAGUUCAUUGCUCCGUACACAUUGUCUUGCUUUGCUGCCAUAACAUGAGACACUGUUUAAAAAAGACUAGGAAGUAAGUUAUUUAAAUUUUGUGUGAGAUUUCCCGGAGAAUGUAGCUCUGUUUUUUAACCCAACAAUUUUGAUUGCUACCACUCAUUUUGGGGAAUGUUCUGAAAAUAAUCGGCAUGUAAAUGAAAUAAAACAAUGGCUUAUCAGAAAUGUAUGCCACAGAACUGUCUUGCCCAUUAUGAAAUCUGGUCACUGUAAAGUUGUUCCUUUGAAACAGUAAGCUCUGAUCAUUCUUAAAAUUGCAGCAAGAGCCAUGUUUUAUUUCUGGGUUUCAACCAGUCUUUUAAUUGUAAUUUUCUUUUUUUUUUUUUUUUUUUUAUUUCAUCUUACUUGUGAUGUGAUAAAGCACAUUGCAGUUUUCCACUCAGUGUUGCAGGGACUGGAUUAUUUUUGUACAUUUGUAUUGAUCAUUAAAACUUUGUUUUCCAGCCCAGAA